UUAUCGUCAUGUUCAUCAAUUACAGAAUUACAAUCAAAUCAAUAGGCUACAGUUCAUUCAUAUUAUGGUACGAUUAUCAUACAUUUAAUUCCACACGUGUAAAUUAUUUUGUAGGCUAUAAAAACUGUCAUGGUGGGUUGGGUUUUAGUAGGAGACAUGGCGGCAUUGGUCUUGUUAGAGGAUAUUGCCAACCGUUCAAUACGGAGAGAAAGAGUUUUUCGUGACCGCGCAGACUUUUGGGCACAUGAUGACACAUGGCUGAUAAGCAGGUACCGCUUGCCGAGAAGGGCUUUGUUAGAGCUUUGUGCUCAAAUGGGCCCUCAUCUACAGAGACGCACCCGACGCAACCAGGCCAUACCCGUUCAGGUGCAGGUUUUGUCUGUUCUUGGGUUCCUGGCCACAGGAACGUUCCAAAGAGAAAUUGGAGACAGGUCGGGAAUAUCCCAAUCAACAUUUAGCAGAAUAUUGCCUGAUGUUCUUCGCGGAAUUAUUGGCCUAUGUCCGCAAUUAAUUCGAUUCCCAUAUAGUGCCCAGGAACAGCGAGAAGUGAGGCAGGAUUUCCUGCGUAAAACAGGGUUCCCAAACGUUAUUGGUGCGAUAGACUGCACCCAUGUUGCCAUACGAGCUCCACAUGUGAACGAGUACAUGUAUGUCAACAGGAAAAACUUCCACUCCAUAAAUGUGCAGCUCAUUUGUGAUGCGCGUAUGGCAAUCCUAAAUGCUGUUGCGCGCUGGCCAGGGUCAACGCACGAUUCUUUCAUCGUGCGUAAUUGCAGUGUUGGAAAUCGACUGGAGGCCGGAGCGGGCAGAGACGGCUGGCUUCUCGGAGACCGAGGUUAUCCUCUAAAGACAUGGCUGCUCACCCCGAUUGCGCACACGGAGACAGCCGAGGAGGCCCACUUCAACACUGUACAUGCUCGUGCGCGGUCGGUAGUGGAGCGCAGCAUAGGCAUGCUGAAGGGAAGGUGGCGAUGUUUGGAUGCAUCAGGAGGGAGACUGUUAUAUGACCCCGAAAAGGUUUGCCAGAUAAUCCUAGCCUGCUGUGUACUACACAACAUGUGUUUAAACCAUGGCAUAGAACUACUAGAAGAGAAAAUGCGCAUGGACGAAGAUGACCACCCUCCCCUCCCUGCUGACCGUAACGCGCACAUUACUGCGCUGAGAAGACGGGAAGUGAUUCACCAAUUAUACCAACAGGUAAAUCAUUUUGCUGAGAAUAAACACAGACGUUCACAUUUUAGGUUUUUAUUUAAGCAAUUUGUUCCAAGUACCUGCAAUUGCGGACAAAGUUUGAUUCAUUUCAACCAGAGCAUGCCGGACUUGCCGAAGCUCGGUAACCACCUCACUAAUAGACUGGUUUAA